AUGGCUAGAACAAUAACUUUUGAUAUCCCCUCACAGUAUAAGCUCGUAGAUUUGAUAGGUGAAGGUGCGUACGGAACAGUAUGUUCAGCAAUUCACAAACCUUCCGGCAUAAAGGUAGCUAUCAAGAAAAUACAACCGUUCAGCAAAAAACUGUUCGUAACGAGAACCAUACGUGAGAUCAAGCUUUUACGGUAUUUCCAUGAACACGAAAACAUAAUAAGUAUACUGGACAAAGUAAGACCAGUAUCCAUAGAUAAACUGAAUGCUGUUUACUUGGUCGAAGAAUUGAUGGAAACUGAUCUACAAAAAGUAAUUAAUAACCAGAAUAGUGGCUCUUCUACUUUGAGUGAUGACCAUGUGCAGUACUUCACAUACCAAAUUUUAAGAGCCUUAAAGUCUAUUCAUAGCGCACAAGUUAUCCAUAGAGACAUAAAGCCAUCAAACCUAUUACUGAAUUCCAAUUGUGAUCUCAAAGUUUGCGAUUUUGGACUAGCUAGGUGCUUAGCUAGUAGCAGUGAUUCAAGAGAAACCCUGGUAGGGUUUAUGACGGAGUACGUGGCAACGCGAUGGUACAGGGCACCCGAGAUCAUGCUAACUUUUCAAGAGUAUACGACUGCGAUGGACAUCUGGUCAUGCGGAUGCAUUCUGGCUGAAAUGGUUUCUGGGAAACCCUUAUUCCCAGGCAGGGACUAUCAUCAUCAACUAUGGCUAAUCCUGGAAGUCUUGGGAACUCCGUCUUUCGAAGACUUUAACCAGAUCAAAUCCAAGAGGGCUAAAGAGUAUAUAGCGAAUCUACCGAUGAGACCACCCUUGCCCUGGGAGACUGUAUGGUCAAAGACCGAUCUGAAUCCAGAUAUGAUAGAUUUAUUAGACAAAAUGCUUCAAUUCAACCCUGACAAAAGAAUAAGCGCAGCGGAAGCUUUGAGACAUCCUUACCUGGCAAUGUACCAUGAUCCAAGUGACGAGCCGGAAUAUCCUCCACUUAAUCUGGAUGAUGAGUUUUGGAAAUUGGAUAACAAGAUAAUGCGUCCAGAAGAGGAGGAAGAAGUGCCGAUAGAAAUGCUUAAAGACAUGCUUUACGAUGAACUGAUGAAGACUAUGGAAUAG